CUCUCGCUCUCCCCACUCCCUCUGGCCGAUUGAUGCUCCUGGGUUUCUCCCUUGUGUUACGUAGCGGGAGACGUGACUGCUUUCAUUCUCGGGUAGCACAACAGGCGUCUGCUGCAUGCAGUCAAUACCAAGGACGUCCAGUCAUUGCUGCAGUCUCCGGAAGGUCCCUUUCUUUUUCACAAGACCAUCGCCAUGGGCAAAAGGCCCAAUGUAGCUGUCAUCGGAGCUGGGCUUUCGGGCUUGAGAUGCACCGACAUUCUCAUCCAGAAUGGAGCUCGAGUGACUCUCUUCGAAGCAAGAAAUCGAGUCGGGGGCAGGGUACACCAAGAGAAGAUCCAUACACACCUCAUAGACAUGGGCCCCAACUGGAUACAUGGCACUGGCAAAAACCCGAUUGCCGCAAUCGCAGAAGCAACGGAGACUGUGCUCGAAGACUUUGAAGGAAAACAGGCGUUGAUUUCCUCGGAUGGAAAGGCUAUCGACGAUGACCUAGCCUCCAGAAUAUCGGAAGUUCUGUGGACAACUAUCGAAAAUGCCUUUGAGUAUAGCAACACAUAUAAAGACACCAUUCCGCCGGAUCGAAGCCUGCUUGACUUUUUCCGGGAACAGGUCGAGAAGACCGACCUCAGCGCAACCGAAAAAGAACUUUGCAUCGAGUCUUGCAGAUUAUGGGGGGCAUACGUCGGUGACCCGAUUGAAAGACAGAGUUUAAAGUUCUUCUGCCUCGAAGAGUGCAUAGAUGGGAACAACUUCUUCGUGGCAUCGACAUAUAAGAACGUUCUUAAGCAUAUUUCGAAGACCGCUCUCCAACGCGCCGACAUCCGUUUCAAUCAGCCAAUCGUAAAGAUUGAAUCCGAAUCCCGGAAAGACUUGAGAUCCUCCGGCAAGGUGACUCUCACGACCGCAUCUGGAGAAACCUUCCAGUUUGACGAAGUGGUAGUCACCUGCCCACUCGGCUGGCUCAAGCGCAACAAGCAGGCCUUUACUCCAGAACUUCCCCCUCGGCUUACUCAAGCCAUCGACAGCAUCUCCUACGGCAGAUUAGAGAAAGUAUACGUCACGUUCCCGCGGGCAUUCUGGCACGCAGGCACCGAAACCGCCACAACCACCAAUGGAAGCGACCUGAAAUACAGCAGCUUCGAGAACCCCACCUUCGCACAAUUCCUCAACCCAACCUACACGGAACACCCUAACGGGAUCCUCUGGAACCAAGAAUGCAUAUCACUGGCCGCUCUUCCAAGCUCCUGCGCCCACCCAACCCUCCUAUUCUACACCUUCGGACCCUGCUCCACAUACAUCGUAUCGAAGCUCGCAGACAUCGACCCAUCCUCCAAAGAAUACUUCACCUUCCUCAAUAACUUCCUCCAUCCCUUCUACUCUCGGUUAUACGGAUACUCGGAAACAUCCCCCGAUUGCAAACCACUAGCCUUCACGGCCACCCAAUGGCAAAACGACCCAUAUGCAGGCAACGGGUCCUACUGCAACUUCCAGGUCGGCCUUACGCAAGGCGACAGGGAUAUCGAGGUUCUACGAGCGGGGCUCGGAGCAGAUCGUGGGGUCUGGUUUGCUGGUGAACAUACGGCCCCGUUCGUGGCACUUGGUACCACGACGGGUGCGUAUUGGAGUGGUGAGCGCGCGGCAGGUCAAAUCUGCAAUCUAUAUGGUUUGGGAAGACUUGGUAUCGGCAUGGAGAGGGAUGACUCGUUGCCCUCGGCUACUCCGAAGGGCCAUCUAUAGAUGGUAGAUAACUUUGCGUUUUUUGGCUUGUUUUGCUUGGAUAUAUAGUACAUAUCUUUUCUCUCCUCUUUCUUUUUUUCUUUUUUAUUGCCUUCUUUCUUGCUUUUGAUCGCCUUGUUUCUGGAUUAACAUAUACUAUAUAUACACUUGUGUGCAAAGAGAGCUAAGUUGUU